AUGCGCCGGGAGAGCAUUGUUCCGCUAACGACCACGCGCAAGCCGCUGAGCAACCUCACCAACCUCCCACCGACCAUCACGCCGACCAAGGAUGCGUACCAGACCCCCGAGAAGAGCACCAAGCCAAGUGCUGUUGAUACCAUUCGCAAGCUUUUGCACUUGGCCAUGGCGUUUGAGAAGCGCGAUCGGCUGGCCGCGGCCCUCGCCACAAAGUAA